AAGCAGUUAAGAAGCUCAGUGACAGCGGUAGUUUUUAGGUUAUGUUAUUAUUUUAUUUUCCUUUGCGUUAGUUUACUUUUUGCUACAUAUAACUGAAAAGUGACUAAAAUAAUCGAAUAAGCGAGGAAUAUGAAGUCCCAAAACGAAUAUAAAUUAAAAUCGCCACCCGAUGACGCGAUUUCCGCAGUAAAAUUCGGCCCCAAUAACAACCAGUUCCUCCUUGCCAGCUCUUGGGACGGAUUUGUCAGAUUAUACGACGUCUCAGCGAAUAAUUUAAGGCACAAAUACGCCCACGACAGCGCCGUGCUCGAUUGCUGUUUCACGGACGCAGUCCAUUCUUACAGCGGAGGAUUAGAUGCCACACUUAAAUCCUUCGAUUUCAAUGCCACUAAAGAGACUACGAUAGGUGCUCACAACAAUGCCAUAAAAUGCGUCGAAUACUGCACCGAUUUGAAUGCUAUCAUCACUGGAAGUUGGGAUCAUCAUGUUAAGGUGUGGGACCCCCGAGGGCCCAUAUGUAGCAUGAAUUGCAAUCAAGGGGAGCGGGUUUACACGAUGAGCGUUUGUGGUGAAAAACUAGUAGUAGGCACAGCUUCGAGGAGGAUUCUCGUCUGGGAUGUGAGAAAUAUGUCUUAUACUGUGCAAAAACGUGAAUCUAAUUUGAAAUACCAAACUCGAGCUCUCAGGUGUUUUCCUAACAAACAAGGUUUCGUGCUUAGCAGUAUCGAAGGUAGAGUAGCAGUCGAAUACAUGGACACGAAUCCGGAAAUUCAAAAGAAAAAAUACGCUUUCAAAUGCCACCGAAUAAAAGAGAAUGGAUUAGAGAAAGUCUACCCAGUAAACGCUAUUAGUUUCCACCCUAUUUACAACACUUUCGCUACAGGGGGUUCGGACGGAUUCGUAAAUAUCUGGGAUGGAUUCAAUAAGAAGCGGUUGUGCCAAUUCCACCAGUAUCACACAUCAAUUACCUCGUUGUGCUUCAAUCACAACGGCUCGGUGUUGGCUGUGGCUUGUUCUUACUUUUUAGAGGAAGAAACGGCUCCUGAUCCGCUACCGGAGGAUGCGAUUUACAUAAGGCCUGUUACUGAUUCGGAAACCAAACCCAAGUAUGUUGCAUCAACGUGAAUUUAUCUUAUCAUUUAUUUAGUAUGUGUUUGUUUGAUUUGUAAUAUUUUUAAAACUAUUGUAACUAAUCAUAAUAUUUAAUGAUGGCAGAUUGUUUAUUUGAUGUGUAAGAUCUGUUUGGAUUACUACUUAAAAAUACCUUUAAAAAUUAGUAAAAUGGAUCAUCGAAAUAAUCUUGUGGAUUUAAUAAAGCAGGUAAAUGAUUUAUUAUUAAAUCAAUUCGAACAAUACUCUCUUAAUGAAGUAACGGUAAAAUUGGUAGUAAUUUAAAUAAACUUAGUGAUAGUCAA